GUUUCCGCAUGCAAGUCAGCAUUUAGUGCUGAGUCGUUGCCACAUGUGAUUUUCAACGACGAAAAGUGGAUAUAAGCAGCCAGAGGCCCAGGAUAAGCAAAGUGGCAGCUUUACGUCCCUACGAUUGAUAUCGACCAUGGCAUCUUCGAACAAUGACCUCUCGUCGCUCCUGACACCGGAACUCUUCCGCCGAGUCUUUAAAAACCGCUUACCAUGGCCCAUUGAAAAGCCGUUGGAUUUCAAGGAAGUAUUCACAUAUGUUUUCCGCUCCGAUGGUGGGUCACAUGGAGAAGAACUUCGUGAAAUUGCUUGGCCGACUCUCAAGGCUCUCAGUACGCUAGGCGUUGACAAUGUACCUGAUAUGAUGCAGUUUCUGCCACCUCCCGAGUCCAGAGACUUUCCGGAGCAAGCAUUGGGACUACAGCUCCUCCUCGAUCAAGGACCACGUGCAUUGUUCGAGGGUAUGGAUGCGAGGUACAUCUACGGCUAUUUCCAGUAUGUGGCAAGAAAAUAUGCACAGCAACUCUUGGAUUUGCCUAGCGCGUUGAGAAUUGACAGCAAAAAGAGAUGGAUGGACGAACUGGGAGCAUCCUUCGAUUUCUGGGUGAUGGCGCGAUUGUGGCUCAUUGCUCCCGUGGUUCAUUCGGAAGUUCUCGUUGAUCACGAAUUAGCGCUGUUAAUGGGUGAGGAUGUGCGAGUCGAGGUUGAGAAAUUCACGGGCAAGACAGAUCCGUAUCGAGCGAAGAGGGCAGAGUUGGCUGAAGAUACUUAUGCAUUUGGCAGAAUGUAUCGAGAGGGUCCUCCCCUGGAUAACGGGGUAAAAAUGCAUGAGUGGUUCUUUUGGAUGUGGACUGUGUUGGAUGUGCACAAACCUAUCAUUGAUAAGUUUGGGAAGUAUCCCUACCAGGAUGUUGCAAAGGGGAGAGAGUCGACGGACAAAGAGAAAGAAUGGACAAUCAUAUUUCAGAAUGGCGUCGACAGAAGCAACUCGGAGGUUGCCAAAAGGAUAAGAGAGGAUGUGGUGAAGGGUAGAUGGACACCAUUAGGGCAGGAGGAUGAGAAAUGAGUUCACUUGAAAAGAGGCCAAAUAGAAUGAAUGUUGCCGGGUGGCAGGAAAUCAUAAAACUCAGUGAAAAAUUGCCUUGCAACGGGGAUCUGAAGCCUGAAAGUCAUCGAAAAGAAUAAAAUGAUCAACUCGUCUCAAGAUUUUGCAACGUAC